GCUCAGCGUCUCUUCGUCUUCGCAUUGAUUUGGACCUCCGAGGAAAAGGUGGUAAGUAGGUGAGCAAAUGCAAAUAGGAGCAGUGUCCACCACUCCCCAGCCAGCACGUCCGUGUCAGUCAAUGAAAACAAAUACGCACCUGACUAUCGCCUUUGAUGAGGCUCUGCAACCAGGAUAAGAGAAAUACACACUGUAUUAAACUUCAACCAGUAAAGUACCUCGUUCCAAACCUUCUUGAGUUUCGUCUCUUCUAUCUACCCGCUCUGAAUAAAAACCCUGCAUGUAUCUUUCUUUAGGUCGUGUCUCUUAAUAUCCUGUGAACAUUCAAAGUAAUUUAUCAUUGCUGCGCACUAAACAAGCCGGAAAUCAAAAUGGGCAACGUGAACGAGCGCACACAGCUCCAGCAGCUGGUCAAUCAGGCGGACCAAGAGAGGACUGCAGCAGCGGAAAGUGCACAAGAAUCAUAUUUUAUCACGAGAAAAAAGUGUUACAGUUACACAUUUGUUGGAGUUUCUGCAUCACAAAUUUUCUCUGCGUGGCCGAAAAACUUGUAAUGCGAAGAUCAUAAGGGAAAACAGGAAGGAAACGAUGCUCCCAAGCGUUUCCUGCAUGAGAAAGGUUGUCUGUGUUGCCGGUCGUGCAACACAGUGUGUAACUGUAACACUUUUUUCUUGCGAUAUAUUUGCCAAAAACCGCUCCCCUCAUUCCCGGGUCGGAUGAGUGUCUGAUCUGCUAUCGCGAUGACAUCAAAGGGUUCCCAAUGCCCUGCUGUGCGCCGAAACAGCAGCAGGAGCAAGCAGGGAACCAGCACACGUCGGGAAAUGCAAAUGCUGCUAGAUCUUCCUCCUCGACAUCGGGACCAGGUGCAGCUGCGACCAGACAAGAUCAAGAUGCAGAUGGAAGCCGAAGCGAGCAGGUGACUCAGACUAACAAUUCCGGAAUGGUCUACUGCUCCAAAUGUCUCUACGUCAUCUGCGCAACAGAUACGAGGAACCAGUUGGGGAAAUGUCCAACGUGCAGGAAGAGGUUUAAGCUGAAAUUCGUCGUGAAGGAGGCACAAACUGGUAUUUGUGACGUUGUAUCGGCGAAGCAGGGCAUGGCCGGUAGAACAAGCGCAGCGCCGACAGUACAGGAGGAGGCCGCGUCGACGCCGUCAAGUAGAAAUACCUCCCCCAACAUCGAGUCCUGUGACCCCGCUCUUCUCGACGUGGUAAUCGAGAUCAACGUGAAGCCGCCGAAGCAACAGUGCCAGAUGUGCCGGCAGAUGCGCGAACUGUAUGAGCCGCCAUUUUAUGCAUUGCAAAAGCAUCGUACUAGGAUGAAUUGCAUUACAAAUUGACUUAGCAUUACAAAUGAAAUUUGUAAUGCUGUUUUAGUUUGGGAAAGAGAUUUGUCAUGCAUAACAGCAAUUACAACCACGAGUGCGAUACUUUUUGCACAGCAUACAUUUUGCGAGCAGUGCCACGUGGGACGGAGGAUGACCUUUCGCUACGAGUGCUCCCGGUGCCAUAUGAUUCAGCGAAUCCCGCACCCCAUGUGGAAAUACCAAGACAAGGUGGAGAAAUUUGGCAACACCUCCUGGGCCUGUCACCAGCGGUGCGGGGACUAUAGGCUGUGCAAAAGUACUAUUGUAGUCGUACAAAUAAUGCAGGUCUUGCGAUGACAUAUCAUUGCUUUUUGUUUUUGACCGUAUUCUGCAUACUGAAAGUUGUUUUCUUUUUUUUGGGAAAAAUUCGUCAGGCUUCUGUCGUACUACUAGUACGAUAACAUAGGCUUUUGCAAUGCAUAGCCUACACGAUGUGGCGAAUUGUGCCGGAAGACGCGGUAAAUUUACCGGAUGACGAGUGUCCGGAAUCUAUCGGAGGGGGAAUUGUUUCCACUUUGCGCUUGCCUUGCUCAAAGGCCAGCCUCAAUCUUCAACUCAUCUCAAUACCAAAAUGCGGCUAUGACCACCGUUGUACUAUCACCAAGAGCAGCGAUGACUAUCUCACGCAUGCAGACUUGUGCUGCAGCUUUUUUUCUUUCUGCAAGCGUGCUGGCGGACGAGGGUGCAUCUUCACGCAAGUGCGGCAUCAGCAAGAAUUGCGGUCGGUCUGCUUCUAGGUCAGGGCACAAAGUGGAUAAUUUUCAUAGUGAUAACUUCGUGGGGUCGGAGAGCGCAAUGGCUGGAGAGAAUUCGCGAACAGAGUUUGAGAUGAUGAAAAGAAAAGCGCAUGCGCACACAAUCCAGUAUGUCUGUGUUCUGUUUCCCUUACUGCACCAACUGCUGGAUUUGUAUUCUGCACCUUCAUCUGCUUGAGACGAUCGAACUUGAGUGCUCGCACUGUAAGAAAGUACUAUUUACUGUCGCGGACUACAGGUCCAUGACCAC